CUGCGGUCUCUUCAGUGUCUGCUACCCCCGUGUCUCCAGCACCGUGAAGGCUGAGAUCAGACAGCAUUUCCGGACCUUGUGCUCUGACGACACUCCAAUGGUGCGCCGAGCUGCUGCUUCCAAACUGGGCGAAUUCGCCAAAGUGCUUGAGCUGGACUAUGUGAAGAGUGACAUCAUCCCUCUCUUCACUACACUGGCUUCUGAUGAGCAGGACUCUGUGCGUCUGCUGGCAGUGGAGGCCUGUGUCAGCAUUGCCCAGCUGCUCCCUCAAGAGGACCUGGAGGCCCUGGUGAUGCCCACCCUGCGCCAGGCUGCGGAGGACAAGUCCUGGCGUGUGCGCUACAUGGUGGCAGACAAGUUUUCAGAGCUCCAGAAAGCGGUGGGUCCAGAGAUCACCAAGAACGACCUGGUCCCUGCGUUCCAGAACCUGCUGAAAGACUGCGAGGCCGAGGUGCGAGCAGCAGCCUCCAACAAGGUGAAAGAGUUCUGUGAAAAUCUACCUGACGACAGCAAAGAGAAUAUUAUCAUGAGCCACAUUCUUCCCUGUGUCAAGGAGCUGGUCUGUGAUACCAACCAGCAUGUGAAGUCUGCCCUGGCCUCUGUCAUCAUGGGUCUGUCCACGAUCCUGGGCAAAGACGACACCAUCGAGCACCUGCUGCCUCUCUUCCUGGCUCAGCUGAAAGACGAGUGCCCAGAAGUGCGUUUGAAUAUCAUCUCCAACUUGGACUGUGUGAACGAGGUAAUUGGAAUCCGCCAGCUCUCCCAGUCUCUGCUGCCAGCGAUUGUGGAGCUGGCUGAGGAUGCCAAGUGGAGAGUGCGACUGGCCAUCAUAGAGUACAUGCCGCUGUUGGCAGGGCAACUGGGAGUGGAGUUCUUCGAUGAAAAGCUGAAUUCCUUGUGCAUGGCUUGGCUUGUUGACCAUGUGUAUGCCAUUCGAGAGGCUGCCACCUGUAACCUGAUGAAGCUGGUGGAGAAAUUUGGAGCGGAAUGGGCCCAGAACACCAUCGUCCCUAAAGUCGUAGCCAUGGCCAAUGACCCAAACUACCUCCACAGAAUGACCACCCUCUUCUGCAUCAAUGCUCUGUCUGAGGCUUGUGGUCAGGAUAUCACGACAAAGCAGAUGCUGCCCAUCGUCCUGAAGAUGUCUGGAGACCAGGUGGCAAACGUGCGCUUCAAUGUUGCAAAGUCCUUGCAAAAAAUAGGGCCGGUUCUGGAGAGUAGUGCUUUGCAGGCAGAAGUGAAACCAGUGCUAGAAAAACUGGCCACAGACCAAGAUAUGGAUGUCAAGUAUUUUGCUCAGGAAGCUAUUAGUGUACUUGCCCUGGCAUAAUGAGGACCAGUCUGCUUUUAGCACAGGACUGUAGUGAACGGUUUUUCUGCUGAAACAAGACCUCCAGGACUAUCGCAUCUAUUUAUUGAAAUUCAGAAGCUACUCUGAAGAUGUGGUGUUUAAAUCUGUGUUCCCUGAAUUGCUUAAUGUGUUGCUCGGUGUAGGAGGAGAGUACAGGUUGCCAUGGUAAUGCCAUGGCUUGCUCAAAGUUUAAUAACUGCAGUAAAUAUUGGAUGACAUGCCCAUUAGAUUUUAAAAUAGCAGCUCUCCCCAGUGCCUCUGGCUAGCAGUUAUACAUGGAUAUUGGUAAAACCAUUUUUUUUUUUUCUCUAUUCAAGGACAUUUUGAAAUGGUUGUGUUUUCCCACCCUUAUGUGCAAGUUAUGGACUUGAACUGAAGCUGGGGCCAGCACUGAGUGCACCAAACUAUUGGGAACAAAUGUUUUUUACCAGUUGUGUACAGGACUGUAACGUCUUGUAGAAAACUGACCAUGCAAGCGUGCUAGAAACUUAUUUAUUGAUUUGCUUUUAAUGUAUGUAAGUUUGCUUCUCGCUUCACAAUAGUAGGGUUCAGAUUCAAGUGUUCUGGCUUGUUUUCUGUAUUCCAGUGUUUUAAGCAUUUGUUGGGAUUUUUAACACUUACUUUUCUUAACGUGGUUUCUUUUUCUUUUCUUUUUGAACUGUUUUUUUUUUUUUUUUUUUUUUUAAAUGAUAAAAUAAUGGAACUAAUGACCAUGUUAUAAUGCCCUUGCAGCCAUAGAGGUGGGACACUUAUAAAUUCUCCUGGUUUGAGCGGGGUCAAACAAUUGUCAUUGUAGAAAUGUGAAAUGUGUGUUUGCUCCCCCCCUGCAUAAUGAAACUGAGAAACCUAUUUAAAGGUUCUGGCAAAACCUUGAUUUGUUCUGUGUCACUGUUAGUUUUGGUUUUUAGAAGGGACACUGUAUUGUAUGUCUAAGGGGGAAGUUAAUAAAGUAAUAAAGACA